AUGGUUUUCAAUCCAUUUAGACUUAUUGGAGUAGGCUUAACUGUUUGGACUAUUGCAGUUCUUGGUUGUGGAAGUUCCUUUGCCUUUUGGUUUAUCGUCUUAUGUCGCAUGUUCGUUGGUCUAGGUGAAGCUUCUUUCAUCAGUCUUGCAGCUCCGUUUAUAGAUGAUAAUGCUCCUCACAAACAGAAAGCUGUGUGGCUUGGUGUGUUUUACAUGUGUAUACCAAGUGGUGUUGCUUUGGGCUAUGUCUAUGGCGGAUACGUUGGAAAACAUUUUAGUUGGCGCUAUGCGUUUUGGGGAGAAGCUGUUUUAAUGGCUCCAUUUGCUGUUCUUGGUUUCUUGAUGAAACCUCUACAGUUAAAAGACGCAGAGACAUCUAAAAACAAGAAUCAUCUUCAAGCUGGUGGUUAUGUAUCAUACAACUUUGUUAUUGGAGCAUACUCAUAUUGGGGACCAAAGGCUGGUUAUAACAUUUACAAAAUGAAAAACGCUGAUAUGAUCUUCGGGGCAGUAACUAUCAUUUGUGGGAUCAUUGGGACAUUAUCUGGAGGGUUUAUACUCGAUCGUGUCACCGCAACUAUUCCAAAUGCUUUCAAGCUUUUAUCCGGAGCAACGUUUCUUGGAGCGAUCUUUUGCUUCACUGCAUUUACCUUAAAGAGUUUAAACGGUUUCAUCGCUCUCUUUGCCUUAGGAGAGCUUCUUGUGUUUGCUACACAGGCUCCUGUGAACUAUGUGUGUUUACAUUGUGUGGAACCAAGUUUGAGACCAUUAUCAAUGGCUAUCUCUACCGUCGCGAUUCACAUAUUUGGCGAUGUUCCUUCUUCUCCUCUUGUCGGUAUCGUUCAGGAUCAUAUAAACAGUUGGAGAAAAACAGCAUUGAUUCUUACAUCGGUUUUGUUCUUAGCUGCUGCAAUAUGGUUUAUAGGGAUAUUCAUAAACAGUGUAGAUCGGUUUAAUGGAGAAGAAAGUGAAAGUGAGAAGCAGAGGAGGCAAGAACAAUCGAUUGUAACUCCAUAA